AACAGAACAGCGGGCACUUGUUUUCAAACCAACUUCAUUUCAUGUCAUGGAAGCGUGGCAGAGCGCAGGUUGUUUGUAGUCGUGCUGGAAGUUCCAAAUUUGCUCCGACGCCUAGUCUGGUGGAUUUCGAACAAUGGCUUUUACAGGCAGUUACGAAGUAUCUCAGGUUUCCGAUUCGGGGGAUGUUUCUGAUCAGGGAACAUUUCGCCCCCUGAAAGAGUUAGUGGAAGAAAGCCUUCUUGCCCGUGGUCAGGCCGGGAAGGCCUCUCAGUCGAACGGUGUGUUCACAGAUCAGCUGCUGGACAGCCUGGAGGAAAGCUGUGUCGAUGACGACGAUACCGGCCGCGUAGGACUGGAUCUUACUGUGACAAGUGCGCUAGAUCCCAUCGCCAACGGCAGCACUGAGCCUGUUGAAGUUGAGCAUCCUGUAGUCGGGGACCUCAACGCGACUGGCUCGAUGGCAGAGAGCGCUACACCGACCGAGAAUGUUACUACCACAACAACAGAGGACGCAGAGGGCAAUAAAGUUACCACCGUCACGAAGACCGUGGUUGAAGACGGCGGAAUGAAGACAGUGAAGACAGUGACAACGGGGCGUGGGGACGAGAACGCUGGAGAGAUGAAGACGGUGAAGACGACCACGACGGUGACACACGGCUCGGGUCCCGUGAAAGAAGAGUCUGUUCAAGUAAAGCGAGUGCAGUGUGUAGCUGUGCGCGUAGUCAAAGCUGAUGCCAGUGGCAGUGUGAUAGAAGAUGAGAUAGAGCCAGUGUGUCUCCAUCGCAAGCCAGUGAUUAACAUGGACUCCCUGCACCAGGAAGGUGUGGACCCCAUGGAAGAGAUGCAGUGCAUGAAGGAGAUGGAGACUCGAGGUGUUGAUGGAGCAGAAGGCCUGGAAGACAGUUGUACUGCCCCGCUGUCUACACCAGAGCGCAGUGUCACCCCAGUAAGCUGUGAGGACAGUGGGGUGGCCAACGAGAGUGCCAGCAGUCCCACCACUACAGAGGACCCCCCUAGCAGAGAGCAGACUCCAGUGAAGGAGGAACCCAUACAGCCCACUCAAAAAAAGAAGCAGCAAGUUGAGAUAAUUAUAGUGGAUGGAGAUGAGGUUCAUGAUGAAAACCGUCCUCGUCUGAGCCCAGUGUCCCCCGUGUUGUCCUCGCCUGGGUCCCAGGCUUCUACAGACGGGAGUCGACCCAGCAGCGGGGUGGACUUCAUAGAGGGAAGGUACCACAACUCCUUUGACGUGCCAAAUUCACCCUUGUCCCCCAGCACAGCAAACAAACCCAUGACACCAAACUCUGCCAAGAUCAACGCAGAUGUCCACCACCCUCACAACCUGGAGAGUGCCAUACAGGCACACGACCGCAUGUCUGUGGAUUCUGGGACGGGAUCUGAGCGUGUCCGCCAUCAGGGGCAUUUCGUAGUUGUUGCCAUAGAUUUUGGUACCACGUAUAGCGGUUACGCUUUCAGCUUCACUCGGGAUCCCGACAGCAUCCAUAUGAUGAGGAAAUGGGAGGGAGGAGACGCGGGAGUCAUCAACCAGAAGACGCCGACAUGUCUGCUGCUCUCUCCAGAGGGAAAAUUUCACUCCUUCGGCUACUCUGCACGCAAUUUCUUCCAUGACCUUCACCCACAGGAAGCCAAGAGGUGGAUGUACUUUGACAAGUUCAAAAUGAUGCUUCACCACAAUGCGGAAUUAAACCAGUCAACCAUGCUCAAAGCAAGCAACGGGAAGAGCGUCCGCGCCCUAACCAUCUUUGCCUAUGCACUGAAAUUCUUCAAAGAACAUGCAUUGCAAGAGCUGAGCGACCAGUCUGCGACAACGUUCUUGAACGAAGACGUGCGGUGGGUGAUAACCGUGCCAGCAAUAUGGAAGUCUCCAGCCAAGCAGUUUAUGAGAGAGGCAGCAUACGAGGCAGGCAUAUCUUCCCCAGAGUAUGCAGACCAACUCCUUAUUGCCUUGGAACCAGAGGCCGCCUCAAUCUACUGCCGCAAGUUGCGCAUGCACCAGUUGACACCCGAGGUACCACCAGAAAAGCGCCCUCUAUCCAUCAGACAAGAAGAACCCCCACCCCUGAAUACAGACCCUGUGGCAGAUGGAUUCCAACAUGACUCGUAUUACUACAAAACAUGUAGGCCCAACCUCCCACUAGAGCAUGAUGAAGAGGUGGAAGCCAUUAUAAGAGGUACACGCUACAUGGUGGUGGACUGUGGCGGUGGUACUGUGGACAUCACGGUGCAUGAGAUGGAUCUUCAUGGAGGUGGACUUAAAGAACUGUACAAAGCUACAGGGGGGCCACAUGGUUCCAUAGGAGUUGAUAUGGAAUUUGAAAAAUUGCUGGCAGACAUAUUUGGAGCAGAUUACUUACAGGCGUUCAAACUAAAGCGGCCUGCUGGCUAUGUGGAUCUGACAAUAGCAUUUGAAUCUCGCAAACGAGCUGCCAACCCUUUCAGAGGGAAUCACCUCAAUGUUUCCUUGCCAUUUUCUUUUAUAGACUACUACAAGAAAUACAAGUCACCAUCUUUAUCCAGAGGAGGUACUUGGAAGGGAAAUCAGGUAGAGAAUGCAAUACGUAAAUAUGGUGAUAAAGAAAUCAGGUGGUCUACGCAGGGUUUCCUCCGCCUGUCACCAGAGGCCAUGAGGAGGUUGUUCUUCCCAACUCUGGAGAGAAUCAAGCAAGCCGUGGGAGAUGUGUUGAAUCAUCCAAAUGUGAAAGACGUCAAGUACCUGUUUCUGGUCGGAGGCUUUGCAGAAUCUCCCAUGUUGCAGCAAGAUAUCAGACGAGAGUUUGGACAUCUUCUCAAAGUGAUCAUACCUCAAGAAGUGGGACUGACUAUACUCAAAGGUGCUGUUUUAUUUGGUCUGGAUCCCACUGUAGUACAAGUGCGACGUUCACGUAUGGUGUAUGGAAUUGGUGUGCUCAACCGCUUUCAACCAGGAAAACAUCCCAAAUCCAAGAAAAUUACCAAAGAUGGUGCUGACUGGUGCACAGAUGUCUUUGACAAGUUUGUGGACAUUGACCAGGCAGUGGCGCUAGGGGACUCUGCCCUGCGGAGUUACACCCCUGCAAAGGCUGGGCAAAAGGUCAGCAUUAUUAACAUUUACUGCAGUGAUCGCCCUGACGUUAAAUUUAUCACUGACAAAAGUGUGAAGAAGUGUGGACAGCUGGUUUUGGAUUUGUCAGACGACAACUAUCAGGACUUGCCAAAGAGGCGCGAACUGCAGACGAGGAUGCAGUUUGGGGACACAGAAAUCAAAGUUAGCGCUCUGGAUGUUGCGACAGGAAAGUGUGUCAGAGCUUCCAUUGAUUUCCUCAACAAGUGAUUACUGAAAACAAACUGUUGGGCUUUCAGUUCACCUUGUGGUUGACAUGCCCAGAAUGUUGUCAUGAUGAUAGAUUUAUUAUUGUGUGGUUGGAAGAUGUUAGGGUACUCACCCUUUCAGAAUUAAUCGAGGUGAAAAGAAUUAAAACAGCUUUGGACAAAAACUAGAAUAAAGAUCCUGUCAAAUGAUUAAAAAAAACAGGUGCAGUGACUAAGUAUGUACUGGCCAAAUUACAGGGAUAUUAUGAAGAUGGAGCUAAUAGAUUUUUCAUAUUCCUACCAAAGAAAUUUCCUCAUAUUCAAGUGCCAAAUAUUUAUUCAAAGUUCCAUGAAAUUAACCUUUUCCGUCCUUGCCUUUUGACCUAAGAAUACUUAGAAACAAUACAAAAACUUUCUAUUUUGACAUGUAGGUAGAAGUGCAUGUUUUCAGGUAUGGCAUAUGAAAUGCCAGUGAAGGAAAUAUCCAUAUAACAAAGGAGUAUCCAUAUAACAACAUAAAAUUUUAUAGUACUAGUCCAUAUUGAGUUUAUGAUGAAUUUGUAUUAUGUAUGUAGUCUGAAUUAAAAUAUUUAAAUUGUGGUUAAAAUAUCCAUGAAGCAGAAACCUGGGCAGUCCCCAGCUUUCUGCCAGUCAGUUCUAUGAGGGCCUAUGCAAUACUCAGCAAUGAUGGAAUAUAUUUGUUUAUGCAGAAGAAUAUGUACAUUGGUAGAAUAAACAGGCAUGUUUUAAUGAGAUUUGCUGGUACAAAUUGUACAUCUAUGCAUUUGUACUUCCACUGGAAGUUGGAAUAACAUUUACUGUUCAAGUUAGGCUUCAUUCACAUGCAAUGUCUAUUUUCUAAAUUCUAUUUUCUAUUCACGGUAUGUCUUAUGAUCACGGUCUG